GGGUGAAGUUGCUGCAGAGACACAGAAACAGGAAAAAGGCUCCGAGCCAGCCUGGACCCACUGGGCUGGUAUUUGUACAGGGCCAAGCGGCGUGCUUUAAAGUGGGAAGAUUGAGGGAGAUACAGAUCUACGCCGCACUCUUGUAAGCAAUAACAAAAGGCCAGCGAAAGAUGAGCUUCUUCAGUUUUGGGCAAAGUGCAGAAAUUGACGUUGUGUUGAAUGACGCUGAGACGCGUAAAAGAGUAGAGCACAAGACAGAAGAUGGGAAGAAGGAUAAAUACUACCUGUUUUACGAUGGAGAAACCGUCUCCGGGAAAGUAAAUGUCACCCUGAAAAACCCCGGGAAAAGGCUAGAACAUCAGGGGAUUAAAAUCGAGUUCAUAGGACAGAUUGAACUGUACUAUGACCGAGGGAAUCACCAUGAGUUUGUGUCUCUGGUAAAAGACCUGGCCCGACCUGGUGAGAUGACACAGUCCCAGACAUUUGAUUUUGAGUUUACACAUGUAGAAAAGCCUUAUGAAUCAUACACUGGCCAGAAUGUGAAGUUACGGUACUUUCUAAGAGCAACCAUCAGCCGUAGAUUGAAUGAUAUUACGAAGGAAAUGGACAUUGUUGUUCACACCCUCAGUACCUACCCUGAGAUGAACUCAUCCAUCAAAAUGGAAGUUGGGAUUGAAGACUGCCUGCACAUUGAAUUUGAAUACAACAAGUCAAAGUAUCAUUUGAAGGAUGUGAUUGUAGGAAAGAUCUAUUUCUUAUUGGUUCGAAUCAAGAUCAAGCAUAUGGAGAUUGACAUCAUAAAAAGGGAAACUACAGGAACUGGACCAAAUGUAUUUCAUGAAAAUGAUACAAUAGCAAAGUAUGAAAUAAUGGAUGGAGCCCCAGUCAGAGGUGAGUCCAUACCUAUCAGGCUUUUUCUGGCUGGAUAUGAGUUAACUCCAACAAUGCGGGAUAUUAACAAGAAGUUCUCUGUACGAUACUACCUUAAUCUCGUUCUUAUUGAUGAGGAGGAAAGGAGAUAUUUCAAACAACAGGAAAUAACUUUGUGGCGAAAAGGAGAUAUUGUUCGAAAGAGUAUGUCCCACCAGGCAGCCAUUGCAUCACAACGCUAUGAAGGGUCAACAAAUACUGGAAACAAGCCUGCAGUACAAAAUCAGGAUGCAGAGAACUAGCCUUUUUUUUUGUCAAAGUCUAGGCAGCUAGAUUAAUAACAUAACCUACUAAAAAAAUCAAUGGCAAAGAAAUUAGUGUUUUUCAAGUUGACACAAUUCCCUUCAGAUGACAUCUUUGUGACAAGAGAUGUGACUGAAAUUUAUAGGGCCGCCUUUGUGUAUUAACAUAAAGUUAAUCCAGAUUUUUGUUUUACUUUUGAAACAUAUUGAAGCAUAUAAUACCAAGCGAAGCUACAAAGUCAACGAGUCCAGGUUCCAUUAUUGUUAUUCAAGCAUGUGCAGUUGUUGUCCUAUCACAAAGAGCAUCUGAAUACAGCACUAGUUUUAUCAGCUUAUCGACCAGUUUUAUCUUCUAAACAAAUUAGUCAUUUUCUUCAAAAUGUUUUAACACCGAGUUAAUCCUACUUUGCCCCAAAUUGCACUGAACACUCCAUAUAUCAUACCAAGAUUGUGUCCCACCUCCCCAACUAGAACAUAUUAUAAUUGUGCUUUUAAACUGAAUUAUCUGAAUGUUUCCAUUUUGAUGCAUGCAGUAUAUUUGGGUGUUUCUAGUCACUUGUCCAAAAUGUAUCUGUUCUCUAAACAUUUAAAAGGUCGGGUAUGAUUUAUAUUAAAAUUAUAUCAAUGGAAAUUGUUUUUUAAACAUAAAGUUCAUAUGAUAGAAUUUUAGAAUCUUACAGCACAGGAGGAGAGUAGUUGGCCCAUUGUGCCUAUACAGGCUCUUAGAGCUAUCCAGUUAUUCCCAAUCCCCUUCUUUGCCUAUAGUCUUGCUAUUUUCUUCCAUUGAAGUAUUUAUCAAAGUCCGUUUUGAAAGUUACUAUUGAAUCUGCUCUUAGUACCUUUUUAGGCAGAUCGUAACAACACAUCUCAUAUACUAUGCUGAAAAUAGUUUGAGUACUCAAUCGCUUAUGUAGUGAACUUUUUUGUUUCCCAGUUUAAACAUAAAAAGUGGUAUUAUGCAUAAAAUUUCAACUGUAUAAACGUUUGGGUAGAAAUUUCAAUACGCACAUUUCCUCUGUAGAAAUCAAGAUCAAAUUUUAACAUUCCAUAUUACCAUCUUAUUCAAAUGUGCCAUUUUAAUACUGCAGAUGUUUUACUCCAAUCAGGACAGUUUUUGGCAAGAUGUAGAUGUACUGUGUGUUUGUCAAAAAAUAAAUGUGAGAUUUAGGGAGGCUCAAAGAAUCACACAUAACUAAAUAAGAUGGUAUUUUCACUUGAAGUAACAACCAUUUUACACUAAGGCAAGUUUUUUUUUGUGUUUGCAGUGAGCAGCAGGUUCUGUUUUUAACCAGGAUUUAGACAAAAACCUGAAAUAGAUAAAUAUUCAACAUCCUAAAAUUUGCCUAUUGUAUCUUUUUGAAUUCAAUGUAAUCUUUUUAAACUUUCUUAAAUAGUUGUACAUGGGAAAGGUGGAAGUUGUUUCCAACCACAUCAAAUAAUCUAAAUUAGUGUUAACCUUGACUUUCUAUCCUGCAAAAAGAUUGUUUUCUGGAUAUCCUGAGGUAUUGCUAUUUUAUUUGAAGUUAUACAUUUAAAAAUAUGUAUUUAAGUAUCAUUAUCAAUUGCUUUUAAAAUUCUAGAUGGUUUAAGUGUAUGUAAUCCUUCAGAGCAUUUCUUAAAGGACAGAUGACCUGAAGCCAUUAUCCAAAAUGGGAACUCUAGAAAAAAUGAUGCAGUAUUAAAGAUAGUUAUGUGUACUCUUUCAAAUCAAACUGAAUAUUUGAUUUUAUGAAUAACAUGCUCCUAGUUUGUUUGUAACUAUAUCUAGUUUAGUAUGGGUUGCUGUUCCAAUCCAGUUUCCCAUCUUUCCUUUAAGAAGGGUUCUUUAUAAAACUGAAAAUUUAUGGAAAAUGAAACUGUGACCUAAUAAUAUACUUAAAUGAAAGGUACUACAUUAAUUCCAAACAGGCUUCCAAAUGUAACGAGUGCUUCCUCCAGUCUCAUGGUACAAAGUAUAAACUGUAAUCUGCUAGAAGCCAGAUCAAGGCCUUAAGACUAUUUGACAGUUCAAUCAUGCAUUCAGUUGUAGGGGCUCUGUUUGUUCUCAGUUAUGUUGCUUAAUUGAUGAUUGAUCUUUGCUUGUCAUCUCAACCCAGGAGAGGGAGACAAGCAAUGUGUUGUCCCUAAAUUUAAAAAGAAGGAGUUUCUUGGCAACUGAAUCAAAGAAAUCUAGUGUGGAAAGAGGCCAGUCAGCAAGUGUGCAAAAUGGAAGACUCUGGAGAAUAGCACCUUCUGAUUACUAAGUAGAGCCACUUCGAUGAAUAAAUCAAUACCCUAGUUUGGAAUCAUGGUUUUGAGGGGAGAAAAAAAAGUCCAUUGGCUAGGAAUUCGAUUUUGUUUUCAAAAUGGGCAGGGAGAAUCAUAUGUAAAUGCUUCAUUAAAGGCAUAUUUCAAA